AGGGACUGUCUCAGCUACAGCCUAGCGCUCCCCACAGCCAGUAAGAAGCCAGGAAUCUCCACCCGUCUCGGAUUUCCACCAAUCGGCGUCCAGAACUUUAGCCUGCUAGCGGCGUCCGGGUUGUCCGAGGAGGGCGGCAAGCCCCCUUAGCGUUGCCAGCAACGGACAUGGCCGCGGCCCCUGGAGGAGGGGACGCGAAGUGAGGAGGGGGCAGGGGGGGAAGAGGACGCGGGCGAGGAAGACAGGCCCCCGGGCCCCGAAACGUUUAAAGACUCCUUAGAAGCAACUGUAGGAACAUACUUGCCAUCCUGCAAACCGACUGCCGUGCUGUGCGCUGUGCCCUCCUUCCCCAGCCGCACACCCCUGAAGUCCAGUCUCGCAGUCCCUCGCGUGCCACGAUACAGCUCUUUUAUGGAUCAGUUCUCCUGGGCUUCUGACCAGCUCCACUUACUGAGGCUCUGCUACAGGCCCCAGAAAGAACUGCCCCUGUCAGCAGAUGCUUCGACUGUGACAGAGUCACUGGGCCUUGUCCAUGCUGGGGAGGAGCCUUCCUUUUGGGGGUGACCGCAUUCAUCUGGGCAUGCCUGCAGUACUCUGGGCCCAUGGAUCCGAAGGAGAAGCACACGGGCGAGCCACCCUUGGCCCUGGGCCUGUCUACCCGGAAGGCCCUCGGCAUCCUGCAGGAGCAGCUGGAGACGGUGCUGGAGGGACACCUGAAAGAACGGAAGAAAUGUCUCACGUGGAAGGAGCUGUGGAGAAGCAGCUUCCUGCACCACAGUAACCGCUGUUCCUGCUUCCACUGGCCUGGAGCCUCGCUCAUGCUGCUGGCUGUGCUGCUUCUGCUGGGCUGUCAUGGGAGCCAGCCGGCGGGCAGUACCCCCUCACCUCUUCCCACCAGCCAUGGGGUGGAGCUGGUGAAUGCCUCAGCACUGUUCCUCUUGCUGCUUCUCAACCUCAUCCUCAUCGGGCGGCAAGACCGGCUGAAGCGUGGGGAGGUAGAGCGGAGGCUCCGAGGGAUCAUUGACCAAAUCCAAGAUGCACUCAGGGAUGGCAAGGAGAUCAAGUGGCCAGAUGCCAUGUACCCAGACCUCCAUAUGCCCUUUGCACCGUCCUGGUCCCUGCACUGGGCCUACAGAGAUGGACAUCUGGUCAACCUGCCAGUUGGCCUGUUGGUAGAAGGAGACAUCAUAGCUCUGAGGCCCGGCCAGGAAUCGUUCGCCUCUCUGAGGGGGAUCAAGGAUGAUGAGCACAUCGUCUUGGAGCCCGGAGACCUGUUUCCCCCUUUCUCUCCACCGCCUUCCCCCCGGGGAGAAGUGAAGAAGGGACCACAGAACCCCCAGCAGCACCGGCUCUUCCGUGUUCUUGAGACCCCUGUCAUUGACAACAUCAGAUGGUGCCUGGACAUGGCCCUGUCCCGCCCAGUCACCGCUCUGGACAACGAGAGGUUCACAGUGCAGUCGGUGAUGCUGCACUAUGCAGUGCCUGUGGUCCUGGCUGGCUUCCUCAUCACCAAUGCCCUGCGCUUCAUGCUGAAUGCCCCUGGUGUCACCUCCUGGCAGUACACCCUCCUCCAGCUACAGGUGAAUGGCGUCCUGCCCAUCCUCCCCCUGCUCUUUCCAGUCCUCUGGGUUCUGGCAACCGCCUGUGGAGAAGCUCGAGUCCUGGCUCAGAUGAGCAAGGCCUCUCCCAGCUCCCUGCUCGCCAAGUUCUCAGAGGACACUCUCAGCAGCUAUACAGAAGCCGUCUCCUCUCAGGAAAUGCUGCGCUGCAUCUGGGGCCACUUCCUGCGGGUGAUCCAAGGGACAUCGCCGACCCUGAGCCACAGCUCCAGCCUGCUGCACAGCUUGGGCUCGGUCACGGUCCUGUGCUGUGUGGACAAACAGGGGAUCCUGUCAUGGCCAAACCCCAGCCCGGAGACUGUGCUAUUCUUCAGUGGGAAGGUGGAGCCCCCACACAGCAGCCAUGAGGACCUAACCGAUGACCUGUCCACCCGCUCCUUCUGCCAUCCCGAGGUAGAGGAGGAGCCCCACGAACGAGAUGCCCUCCUGGCCGGUUCCCUGAACACUAGCCUGCACCUUUCCAAUGAGCAGGAACGUGGCGACUGGCUGGGUGACGGUCCCAAGCCCCCUGAAUUCUACUCUCACCACAAAGCACACGGCCGCAGCAAACACCCAUCCGGCUCCAACGUGAGCUUCAGCCGGGACACGGAGGGCGGUGAAGAAGAGCCUGGCAAGCCCGGGCUGGAGGGCGAGCCCUACGAAGCAGAGGACUUUGUGUGUGACUACCACUUGGAGAUGCUGAGCCUGUCGCAGGACCAGCAGAACCCCUCCUGCAUCCAGUUCGACGACUCCAACUGGCAGCUGCACCUCACGUCCCUGAAGCCGCUGGGUCUCAAUGUGCUGCUGAACCUGUGUAACGCCGGCGUCACCGAGCGGUUGUGCCGCUUCUCCGACCACUUGUGCAACAUCGCCCUGCAGGAGAGCCACAGCGCCGCCCUGCCCGUGCACGUGCCCUGGGGCCUCUGCGAGCUCGCCCGCCUCAUAGGCUUCACUCCUGGGGCCAAGGAGCUCUUCAAGCAGGGGAACCACCUUGCGCUCUACCGCCUCCCCAGUGCCGAGAUGGUGAAGGAGACCUCGCUGGGGAGGCUCUCCUGUGUCACCAAGCGGCGCCCCCCGCUCAGCCAUAUGAUCAGUCUCUUCAUCAAGGACACCACUACCAGCACAGAACAGAUGCUGUCCCAUGGCACGGCUGACGUGGUCUUAGAGGCCUGCACAGACUUCUGGGAUGGCGCCGACAUCUACCCUCUUUCAGGUUCUGACAGAAAGAAAGUGCUGGAUUUUUACCAGCGGGCCUGCUUAUCUGGUUACUGCUCUGCCUUCGCCUACAAGCCCAUGAGCUGUGCCCUGUCCUCUCAGCUCAACGGCAAGUGCAUUGAGCUUGUGCAGGUGCCUGGCCAGAGCAGCAUCUUCACCGUGUGUGAGCUGCCCAGCACCGUCCCAGUCAAGCUGAGCACGCGCCGCAACAGCUGGAGCUCGGACGAAGGGAUCGGGGAGGUGCUGGAGAAGGAAGACUGCAUGCAGGCCCUGAGCGGCCAGAUCUUCAUGGGCAUGGUGUCCUCCCAGUACCAGGCCCGGCUGGACAUCGUGCGCCUCAUCGAUGGGCUGGUCAAUGCCUGCAUCCGCUUCGUCUACUUCUCUCUGGAGGAUGAGCUCAAAAGCAAGGUGUUUGCAGAAAAGAUGGGCCUGGAGACAGGCUGGAACUGCCACAUCUCCCUCACGCCCAAUGGUGACCUGCCGGGCUCCGAGAUCCCCCCCUCCAGCCCCAGCCAUGCUGGCUCCCUGCAUGAUGACCUGAAUCAGGGUAAGGGCACAGUGUCCCGAGAUGAUGCGGAAGGGCUCCUUCUGUUGGAGGAGGAGGGUCACUCAGACCUCAUCAGCUUCCAGCCUACAGACAGUGACCUCCCCAGCUUCCUGGAGGACUGCAACCGGGCCAAGCUGCCGCGCGGCAUCCACCAGGUGCGCCCCCACCUGCAGAACAUUGACAAUGUGCCCCUGCUAGUGCCCCUAUUUACCGACUGUACCCCCGAGACCAUGUGUGAGAUGAUCAAGAUCAUGCAGGAAUAUGGGGAGGUGACCUGCUGCCUGGGCAGCUCUGCUAAUCUCAGGAACAGUUGCCUUUUCCUCCAGAGUGACAUCAGCAUUGCCCUGGAUCCCCUGUACCCAUCCCGCUGCUCCUGGGAGACCUUUGGCUACGCCACCAGCACCAGCAUGGCCCAGGCCUCGGAUGGCCUUUCUCCCCUACAGCUCUCGGGGCAGCUCAACAGCCUACCCUGUUCCCUGACCUUUCGCCAGGAGGAGACCAUCAGCAUCAUCCGGCUCAUUGAGCAGGCGCGGCAUGCCACCUACGGCAUUCGCAAGUGCUUCCUCUUCCUGCUGCAGUGCCAGUUGACCCUUGUGGUCAUCCAGUUCCUCUCUUGCCUGGUUCAGCUGCCGCCGCUACUGAGCACCACCGACAUCCUUUGGCUGUCCUGCUUUUGCUACCCUCUGCUCAGCAUCUCUCUGCUGGGGAAGCCCCCCCACAGCUCCAUCAUGUCUAUGGCCACAGGGAAGAACCUUCAGUCCAUUCCUAAGAAGACCCAGCACUACUUCCUGUUCUGCUUCUUGCUCAAAUUCAGCCUCACCAUCAGCUCGUGCCUCGUCUGCUUUGGCUUCACGCUGCAGAGCUUCUGUGACAGCUCCCGGGCCCGCAGCCUCACCAACUGCUCCUCCAUCAUGCUGCGCAGUCAUGCCUACGCCGCUCCAGCCUGGUUUGGCGACUUCGCCAAUGGGCUCCUGACGGCUCAGAAGCUCACCGCUGCCCUGAUCGUCCUGCACACAGUCUUCAUUUCUAUCACCCACGUGCAUCGCACCAAGCCCCUGUGGCGAAAGAGCCCCUUGACAAACCUCUGGUGGGCCGUGACCGUGGCCGUGGUCCUGCUGGGGCAGGUGGUCCAGACGGCAGUGGACCUGCAGCUGUGGACGCACAGGGACAGCCGUGUCCACUUUGGCCUGGAGGACGUGCCUCUGCUGACGUGGCUCCUGGGCUGCCUCUCCCUGGUGCUUGUGGUGGUCACCAACGAGAUCGUGAAGCUGCAUGAGAUUCGGGUCCGGGUUCGCUACCAGAAGCGGCAGAAACUGCAGUUUGAAACGAAACUGGGCAUGAACUCCCCCUUCUGAGCCAUUGGCCACAGUGGUUCUCGUUGCCCAGGUGCCGGGGCUAAAGCCAGACCAGUUUCUGAGUCUGGGGGGUUGGUAUCGUGAAUGUUUCAGGGUUUCCUCUCGCGGCCUGUGUCACGGGAGGCCCAGCUCCUCGUCCGACCCAUCUGUCGUCCUGAUCCCCAGGGCUUACUGUGGAGGAGCUGGUGAGCCGUGGCCUCAGCAUCAGGACAGUCUGGUCUUGAAUGUAUGACCUAGUGCACUUAGCAGAGGGGCCCUUAGCUUCCUCCGCCUGCGGGCUGCCUCCUUUAGGGUCUCUUAGCCCAGGGCCCUCUGCUCUUGGGUCUCCGGGCAGAGCCAUGAACCUGGUGGGGCCAGGACCUCAGUGGCAGCAGCCGUGGGGGGGUUCAGACAGGCUACCGUGAAAGGGAGCAGUGCUGGUGCAUCCUCCCUGCACCCCACCUGUCUUCCUGGGGUGGGGGCCUGGAGGUGGUCGAGUACUCCCCCUCCCUCCCUCUGUGGGGGAGCCUCACACUCAGUCCCGAAGAUGAAGACCCCCUGCCUUGCCCUGGUUACCUCUUCCUGUGCCCGCCUUCAAGCUGGCCUGGAGCGCCAGUCCUGGGGAUAUGGCCCAGGGCUCCUUUGGCCCCCUGCCCUAGUUCUCCUGUGAGAAUGUUUUUACUGGUGUAUAUUUUUUACUGGAAAUGAGCCUUUUAGGAAUGAAUGUAGACUGGUUUGUAUUAAAACUUGUAAACUGCUUAAGAAAAAUCCGUGGCUGGUCCAUGAGGCAGCCACUCAGGGGCCCACCCAAGGCUUUGGCCGGUGAGGGAGCCCCGAAGGGGAGGGGAGGGCCCGAGCCUUGUUCCUUCCCCACUGGCAGGAGUCCUCGGGUCUGGCCCAGGCGAGAACCCUGGGCUCAGAGGUCCGUGGCACAGAUCCAAACACACAGCCCGAUCACGUGGAAUGACACUUUCAUUGGGGUUAGUUAGGAUAAGAGGUUAAUGGUUACAGAGCCGGGGCCCGGGGCCACCCAGAUCAGCCUUCCAGCCCCGAGGCGAAUCAUGCGCACUCGUGCCGUGGUCUAAAGCCUCUUCCCCCGUGUCCUCUCAGGCGGUUAUAGAUAGAAUAAAUUCCAUUUAAAAUAUA